UUUUACAACAUUUACACAUGCCUUGGUGUACAUAAAAAUUAUUCUGCCCAUGGGUUGAAAAGAUUAGAGGGAAUGUUGACUGCUGGUUCGUGUGUUAUGUGGAGGGGUAAAUGACACUGCUUUAUUCAUUCUCUUCACACCAUUCAGACACAGGGAAUUGCUGGUAUAUGAUCUACAUCGGUCCUGAUCCGCCUAUCUGUCAUUUGCAUGGAUCGGUACUGACUAAAUUGGAAUAUAUUUCCCUAUUAUACCAUACUGUACUUACAUCUGCUAGCCAUGUUCGAGGCUUAUUAUCUGAUUAAGGAAAUGCUGGAUGAAGGAAAGCCAGUGUAAAGUAGUUUUAAGAGUGGAAAACAUUGACGUGUCAUGAGAAGAGGUUACUUCACGAUAUAUGAUGAGCAUUUGGUGCCAUGUAUAGCUGGAUGGUGUCCAUAGUUUUGUGGAAUUUGAUGCUGUUCCUGCUCUCACACAAGAAAUUGUCAAGUUGAGGAAGGAUAUCAGUCUCAAGGAGAUUGAGCAGGACAACGUACAGGAAUUUUGGGGGUCUUAUGUUGAGCAACUGUCAAAUGAACUGGUUGAGCUAGACCAACAAGGGAUAGCUAAAGAAAGCAGGACAAUGACGAUGACGGCAUAGAGCAGAAAGCUAGAAGUGUGAUGACAAAGAAUCUCCCGUUUAUUAGGAUUGAUGGAUCAGAAAAUGGAAAUCAUACAGAGCAGUGAUACUUUCUGUGAAUGGCCUGCCAAAGUCUCCAGCAUUUCCUGAAGUGGCUUGCUAAAGGGAGCUCUGUCUUUCAGAGAUUGAUGCAGGACAGAAGAUAUUGAUAAAAUCCUUUAAGACUUCUGCAAUUAAAAAAAAAAAAAGUCAUGGAAAAGCCAGCCCAAGAAAACCUAGCUAUCAUCCCUCCCUAAGUGUAGUGUAAUGGAUGCUGCUUCAUAUGGUAUUACUGUAUUAAAAUGCUCUGUGUUUGAAUGGUGUCAGAAGUGUUUUACAUUAUUUUAUUCAAUGUUUUGUGUGUAAAAGGUGUACUGUAUAGUCUGUCUUUGUAAAAAGGCAUAUUGUUUAGGUGAAAAGAUUGUCAUAGGCAAGUAUGGUGAAGUUAUGUGCAUUUCUUUCUCCCCCUCCCCCCCACUGUUCCAUUAUUUCUUAUGAUGAAAAUUCCCUGGUAUAUGUUGUUUCCUUAUCCAUCGCCCUUUUCAAGAAUAAAACCCGAGUGAAUACAAGGGGUCCCCUGGAGCAAUAAACUAAUGAGGCAGCACACAGAGGAUUGAUAAAACUCUAGUGCUGAGCUCAGCCACAUGGGCUUCGUGGUAAUUUCUAGAUAGCAUUUUCAGCUUGGUUUGCUUUACAGGGAGGUGAAACUAUACCAGGUGCUCAGCGAUUUGAGAAGUAAUGUUUCUGUGACAUUGGAUUGUAUAAAUACUGAGCACAUUGCUGGUACCGAAAUGAUGAAUGUCCUUUCUAGUCAAGUUUUUUCCUUUGAUCUCACUAUCACAGUGCAGUACUUAUUCUCUUCCUGAAACUCACUUGAGCGCUCUACAAGCUUCUCCCAAAGGGUAUGAGUAUUGCCAGCCUGGGACCUACGUUUCAAGAUUUGGCUGCAAACGUGAAUAAAAAUGUCAGUGAUAUUUACUACAUUUUUGUGGGUCGUUCUUUGGGGUACCUUGGUGGCUCAGUGAUUGGAGGGAUUCUCAUUGACUCUAUGAACCCUCACCUCCUCUUGGGGUUAACCAUGCUGGGGACAGCGAUUGGUCAUUAUGCCAUACCAUGGUGUAAGAAAGCGCUUUUGUUAACUGCUCUGUUGUCAGUGGUUGGGACUUCCAUGGGCAUUCUUGACACAGGUGGAAAUGUCCUUGCAUUGAAUAUUUGGGGAGCAGAGGUUGGACCGCACAUGCAGGCUUUACACUUCAGUUUUGCGCUAGGUGCCUUUGUGGCGCCAAUCCUGACAAAACUGGCAUUGGGCAAUUCCCUAUUUCCUAAAAUCCAAACAGAAGGUGAAAAGACAAACCAGUCUAUUCGGAGUGAUAUAGUUAACACACUGUCUACAUCAGCAAUGAAACUGCAUUCUAAUAUGAGCUUUAUGUGGUCCUACAUUUUUAUAGGCACCUUUAUUUUGGUAAUUUCUUUGUUGUUUAUUAUUCUGUACUCAAGGACCAGUUCAAUGCGAGAUAAGGCAAAAACAUCUCUGCAGAAAUGCCAAACUGCCAAAUACCACUACGCCCUUCUCAUUCUUCUUUUCCUUUUCUUCUUUUGCUAUGUAGGAGCAGAGGUCACCUAUGGCUCUUACAUUUUCAAUUAUGCAAAGGUUUAUGCAGACAUGAAAGAGAGUGAAGCAGCUGGUUUGAACUCCCUUUUUUGGGGAGCAUUUGCAACUUGCAGAGGACUGGCAAUUUGUUUUGCUAACUGUUUAUAUCCUGGUACUAUGAUUAUGCUGAGUGUCAUAGGUUCCACUGUUUCUUCUCUAUUCUUGGCACUGUUCAGUAAGCAUCCUGUCUUGCUCUGGGUUGGGACUGCAGCCUAUGGUGCUUCAAUGGCUACCACCUUCCCCAGUGGUAUUUCCUGGAUUGAACAGUAUACCACCAUACAGGGAAAGUCUGCUUCUUUCUUUGUAGUUGGUGCUGCGUUGGGGGAGAUGAGCAUUCCAGCAGUGGUUGGGUUUCUUGAAGGAAAACUUCAUGAUGUCCCUGUGAUAAUGUAUGCUGCAUUGGGAACAUCUGUAAUGACAGCAGUACUAUUUCCUGUGAUGUAUAAAUUAGCCACUUCUUCCAGUGAAAGUAAGUUGAAAGAUGGCGGUGGGAGCGAAGAUCAGAAAGCUUUGUUGUCCAACUUUGGACUUAAUGAAGAUGAGGAAGAUGAAGAGGAUGCAGGAGACUGGAACGAAGCAGACUUUGAAGUAAUUGAAAUGAAUGAUACUAUGAGAAACUCUGUGGUAGAGACAUCUCAAAAGAUCCCAGAGGAGUCCCCAGCCAAAGUGUCCAUGCAGCCACCAUCAAACGUGUUCAGUUCUUCUCCAGUGAUUGAUCUUAGCUCCCCAGGGAGAAAGCAAUUCAAUAGAGAUCGAGAGAAGAAUGACUGACAUAAAAACUUGGUUUGCUUACUUGAGAUAGCUGCCUGGCUUCUGCAAGAUAAUAACCAAAUUAGCUGGUUUUUCUGUAAAGCAAAUCAGAAUUUUAAUAGUGGUACAAAGAGUGUUUCGUCGAAUCCCAGUUGACGCUUUUUCAUUUUAGUCUGUACCCAUGCAUCCUGGAGUGGCAAAAAGAGCAAGUAUCUUGGAUGUACAAAGAGGCGUUCUGUGGUAAUGUGAUCAGAUUUUGUGUUGUGGAACUAAAAGGAAAUUUAGACAAAACACUUGAAAUGUUUCUUAAAUGUGAGGCUGUGAAACAAUCUCUUGAAAAAAGUGGUGGGCACCCAAUGUAACUUAGUGAUAUUGUUCGGAGUGUAUUAACCAUAUUUUUAGAACAGUCCUUUGUUGGCAGGAAUAGACUAGGACACACAGUGAUCUUAACUGAAACAAAAAGCAGGACUGUGUAGCACUUUAAAGACUAACAAGAUGGUUUAAUAGGUGAUGAGCUUUCGUGGGCCAGACGCACUUCCUUAACUGGUUACUGUCAUACAAAUAAGAACUGAGAGUAGAAUUCUUGGAAUUUCUUGAAUCUAGUGAAGGAUCUAUUUCCGUGGCACUUAAUUUCCUGAUUUAUGAUACAUACAAGAUUUUAAGUUAAUCGACAAGCUGUUGGUUGUGUCCUUGUCCCUUUGAAACAGUGAAAAGUUGAUAACUGAAAACUUUAGUUAAUGAAUGUAUUGUUGACCUUGACUGGGAAUUUCCAUCGUUUAAAUAUACAUUUCCGUGUGUAGCACUUUUUAAGUCAUGGAAACAUCAAAUGUGUUACACUGGAAUACAAUAUUUAGGGAAGUUUUAAAAAAAUUGUAGUAUGUACUUGUGACAGUUUUGUUCUUCAAAGCAGCCUUGUAAAAUCUGCUGCCUUUUUAUUUUGAGAGGAGUGGAAAGAGAUGACAAGGGAGUUUUAAAAAGUAGCUAUACUGAUCUGGUAUAAUUUUUAACUCUUGAUUGUUGAGUCGUUUUGAACUACUCCUUAAUGUUUGGUAAUAUAUUACUGGAAUCGCAGGCAGUAUACACAGUAGUGUAAUUACCUUACAUAUACCAAAGCUGAAGCAUUUUCAAAGGCAAUUUUAUAGUCUGUGGGUACGUCUAGACUACAGGCUUCUGUCGACAGAAGUUUUGUCGAGAGAUACUGUCGACAAAACUUCUGUCGACAAAGAGCGUCUAGACUACAUUGAGUUCUGUUGACAAAGCGAGCUGCUUUGUUGACAUGGUAGUGUAGACGCAAAGGACAGUUUAUAUUCAAUAACACCUUCUGUCGACAGAAACUCUGUCGACAGAAGGUGUUAUGCCUCGUAAAAUGAGGUUUACCAGCGUCGACAAAACUGCUGAGUUCUGUCGACGUUAUGUCGACAGAACUCAGCGGUAGUGUAGACGCAGGUAUAGUUUUGUCGACAAAAGUCCACUUUUGUCGACAAAACUCUGUAGUCUAGACACACCCUGUGUAAUCAAUACCACUUAGUCCACAAUUUUGACUGAGGAUCUUAACUCUCAAACCAAAUAUUUGUUUAAACAAUUUAAGGAUCUGCUCUGGCUCUCCCCGAAGUUAAUAGCAAAAAUCCAGUAGAAGCACAUACUUCUCUAUAAAAGGAAACUAUUUUUUGUCUUUCUGGAGUGAAUGUACAAAAUGGUGCAAAACCUAGCUUAAGCCACACAUGAAUAACUGAUAACUUACCCUUAGACCAGUGUUUCCCAAAUGGUGUUGCGCAGAACCUCAGGGUUCCGCAAAGUGGAAAGAAGGGUUCCAUGAGAGAAUUCCAUUACAAUAACAUUGUCUUAUUUUAAAAAAGUAAUUUUUAAGCAUUUAUGAAUUUUAUUGAAAAAAAAUUUCCUUUGUGUUUGCCACAAUAAUUUUCCCUGUGUAAUGUCAGCUUAGCCACAGAGCGGGGACGAUGAUGUCAUACUCAGCACUGUGCAGCAGAGUCAGUCAGUCAGUGGUGCAAUUGCCUGUUACAUACCACCGUAAGUACUCACUCUCAGGGUGUGUAGAUCAUGUGGGUGACUGUCCAAUGCAGCACUAACUAGUAUAUUCGUAUUCAAAGUCAAAGCUUCAGCUGUCAAACCAGCUGCUUGUAUAGGAGUGCGUAGGCUCUCACGAAUACUUUUAUUUCAGUAUAGUUGUCUGAUUUCUUGUAUAUAAAAAUUUAGCCAUGACAAAUACAAAUUGACUAAUAGAUUAAUCUACAUAUCAACAACAAUAAUAGUUAGAUUAUUAGGGGUUCCGCAAAAUUCUCUUGUUUAAAAAGGUUCCGUGGCCAAAUAAAAUUGGGAAACACUGCCCUAGAAAAUUAAUGGGUUAUUUACAUUUUCUAGCAGUAUUGAGGUAUCAGAAGGUGACUUACAAAUGUUUCUUUUGUGCAGUUGGAUUGGUGCCCUUUGCUCAUCACUUUGGUAACAUUGUAAUGUUUCACAUGCUUUGAGAUGAUGUACAGCUGCUCUCAGAGUUACGAACGAGUUAUGGACCAACACUUGGUUCGUAACUCGGAUCCACAUUUACGACUGCUUUGGUCGUAAGUUGAGGUGACCGUAAAUUGGGGAGCGGCUGUAUUUGGAUGCUGCUGCAAGAGACGGUUCAGGUUUUGCUGAGAUGAGGUGCAGUGAUAGGUUUCAUGUAAUUAUCAACAUCUUGAGAGGUUUGUCAGAUUGGAAAUAUCAUGCUGGAUUGAGGGUGGACACUGAAUGCUAGCAAAUAAAUAAAUCACCAUCAUGCCAAGAAAAUGCACACAUGCGCGCACACAUACACACACACUGUUGCUUAGCAUUAAUCUUGAGCCUUCCAUUGAAUGCAGUUUGCGUUUGAAGACAUUUCUCAGAAGGCUGAAUGCUGUUUGUAUUGCUCAUUGGUUUAAGACCUUUGGUAAUUUACUUUUGUGAUGAGUUACAGUUUGUUUACAUUUGGAGCCUUUCUAUUAAUGUGGCACAGGAUCCUUUUUUAGAUAGUUGUAAGUUUAUCACCGUUUCCCCUUUUCUCCCCCAACUUCCCUAUUUCACUUUUUUUUUUAAAAUCCGAAGUGAAGAAAUAGAGCAAGAAACUAACCAUAUUGGAAAAAGUUUGCAGUUUAUAGUGAGAGACAGUGAAAUCUUGACGUUUCCUCUCUCCACUGCACCAUAAUGUUAGAGUAAAUGCCAGUGUAUUGCCUGUUUUUGCUAAAGGGGAUCAGAUUAAGAUAAUUGUAUAUUGACUGAAGACGCAUUUUAAUAACUGACUUGUUCUGUUUCUUCAGUUGCCUGUUCAGAAUGGUAUAUUUUUAUCUAUUUGGGAUUGUGAGCAAACACUGGUUGGUAAUCUGACUAGAUUUUUUUAAAAUUUUUAUUUUCAUAGCUUCUGUUGCAGCACCACACCUGCUGUGACAAUGCUAAAUUUGGAUUACGCUAUUUCAGUUGCUGCAUGAAAGCUCUUUCCUUCCCUUAUUUGUUUAAUGCUUGUAGGUAUUUAAGGACCAUAUUCUAUCCUUGGAUGCGAAUAAAGAUCCAUAACAACAAGAGAAGCAGCUCUGCUUAUGUAUUUACACAACUAGAGUUUGGCCUGCAUCUCAGUAUAGAAAAUAACAGCUGAACUGAAAUGGCGGAGUUCUUGGCUUAAAUAAUGAAAUCCAGGUUAAGCUUUUGUCACAUUUUGAAAAUACUAUUGAAAUUCUUUACCAUUUAAAACUGUUUGCUUAUUAACUGGAGAGUAUGAAUGCUCUGUGCAACCAAGUAUGCUCAGAUGGCAAAAAUCCCACAAAUGACUUUGAAAACAAGCAUUAUUAACAAAGGCGAUGAGUCUCUCAUACUUAGUUUUUUCUGGGCUUUUGACAGAGAGGUGUGUAGUAAAUCGGUUGUUGAUGCAGGAUCCAGAAAAAAGAGAUGGAAACAGUUAUAGCAACAGCAAACCUAACACAAGUGCAUGUGUGGUGUUCAUCUCAGCUGUUAAAUUUCAGUCUUUUAGAGAUGUUUGACUUUUUUUGGUUAAGCAUCUUUGCUAAAAAUGACAAACUUUAACCAUUACUAGUAUCACUAAGAAGAGUUUUACUUAACAUAUCUAAGCACAGUAUAUGGUUGAAUUGUGAGUUGUUUUUUUAUGUUUUAUAAACCCUAUUUAGUUUACCAGAUUACAAGCCAGGAAAGGGGUGGUAAGAAAGUAAACGCUUUGUACCAGCUAUGGGCAACAUAGGCCCAGUUAGUGGGCUACAUGAGUGGCAGUCCAAGACAGUGGCCUGGGUUAGAGUAGUUUUGCUAACUGCAUGUGCAUACUUAAAAUUUGCAAGGUGUAUUGAAUUAAAUGUUAACAGCACUUUUGAUUGCUGAGUGAGUGCAUGGCGCUCACAGUCAUUGUUGUAUAUAAUCAUGUACCUCACUUCUUCAUGUGCUCUUGCUUUACAUGCCUGUCACUUUAUUAAUACUAAAGUAAAAAACUACAUAGCUGGAAACCAGCAGAAUCUGGCAACUCUACAUGUGGGCAAUGAUAAACAAAAUGUCUCAUAAGAACGGCUAUACUGGCUCGGACCAAAGGUCCAUCAGCUGGACCAGUAUUCUCUCCUCUGACACAGGCCAGUGCCAGGAGCCACAAAGGGAAUGAUCAGAACAGGUAGUCAUUAGGUGAGCCUUCCCCUGUCACCCAUUCCCAGCUUCUGACAUGGGCCACACCUAGAACCCUGAUAGGCCACAUAGGCUGUGGGCUGCAGGUUACCCAUUACUGUUUUGGACAUUAGGUUUAAAGCAUCUCUUUUGGUAUCUCAGUUCUUUAUAGCAAUGUAGUCAAGGAGGUGGGGGGAAUGUAAACCCUUCUGACCAACAUAUGCAUUUUUAACAAACCAUUUAAUUUCAGGUGACUAGAAAUCAGGAAUUUUGCUUCUUUCUCCCGUCAACAUUAGAACAAGCAUGAAACAAAAUAAUAGGGCCAGUGAUGGGAGACUGGAAGGUUAAAUUAACUGUAUUACAAAUUUUUGUGCUAAGGGAGUAGUAAAGUGAGGGCACAUGAAAAGAAAAGCAAUCUGCAAUAUUGGAGAGAGAUAAUGUCAACAAAAUUAUUCUCAAGAAUAAUUUAUAUACUUGUAGUGAAAACGACAUGCAAACUCUGUGGAGAAAUUUGGGCUCCAUAAUCUGAAAUUUUCUUAUUUAGGUUUGAUUACAGCUGCUUUUUUCAGUCUCCUAGUCAGUGUAUAGGGAUUGCAUAAUAUGGCUUUAUUUCAAGUUCACUGUGUAAAUUCCUGCAUGAUGCAUGCACCUAAAUCAUAUAAUUCAUUUAUAAUAUGUGUGAGGUAUAUAAAAAUGAUCAAAGGGGUCUCUUGCAAUAGCAUAUAAGAGGCAAAAUGUAACAAUGAAAGUGUUGCUUCCAUCACAGGACAAAAGUUGAAACUAAAAAAUGUGAUAUGUGGACAAAAAAACCAAACAUAUGUAGUCUACAUCAUCAGCUGCUUUAAUGUUAUGUGUAUAUAGUGAAUCAAGUCAUACAUUUAAAAUUUACUUAGUAAAUAAGUGUGUUUGUAAGCCAUUCCUAAAAUGUUCAGUCUGACUACUGACAUCCAGUGAGAUGUUUUACAGUGGUUUUAUUGAGCAAUGAAAACUAAGUAAAAUGGUGAUGGGAUGUAUUUGCACAACAGCCAGCUUUUCCACAUUACCCCCCCUCUCCAAACAGUGUGUGUGUAAAUAUGUACCAUAAAUGUAAAAGGUGAUAAAGCCCAAAAAGAUGUAUGUCCAAGUUUAGCUUGGCUAAAAACAAACUAGUGGCAUGCUGCAUUAUCACAAAUUUCCUUUGCUGUUAUCUUAAGGCUGCAACUUUUAGGUAAUUGUAGGCUUUUACAUCAGUUGGGCAGUUCUUUUUUUAAUGCUAGAAAAUGCAAUUUACUGGUGUUUACUUGAAUUUGUUGCUUUAGUAUAUUUGAAUGUUAAAAACUUCAUGGCUAAACUGCAAUGCCUGCCAAGUGCCUUCUUUUGUCAUUGUUUUACUAGGACCUUAGUUAAAUUCAAUCAAUCAGAACCUUAAGAGACAAAGUGUUUUACAGCCUCUCUCCGAGUUACAAACGAAUUACGGACCAAACACUUGGCUGUAACUUGAUCUGUUCGUAACUCGGGGACCGCCUUUACAACCGCUCCAUGGGAGCUUUGGUCGUAAGUGCGAAUGGUCCUAAGUCGACCGUUCGCAACUUGGGGAGCAGCUGUAUAAUAGAAAUAACCAGUGUCCUUCAGAUUUGUAUUGGUUAAUUUGAUCAUUAAUACAUGUCAUUUUAAAAAAAGUUUCCUUUAAACUUGAGUUAUAGGCUUGUGAGUUGUAUUAUGCUCAAGGAUAACUAAUAGAAUUAAGACCACUUGCUUAAGUCAUUGAAAAUCACAGGUAGACUGAUCUGUUCUUCCUCUCUUGUUGUUAAGGUAGAUUGGCAGUUUGCUGCUAGCUAUCUUCAGGCUAAAUAAAAACAUACUAAUAGAUGGCAAUGUCCUUUUAAAAAAGAAACAGAAUGCAGUGUUACAGUUUGAAGACUUCAAAUUGUAAGGAAUUGUGCCCUGCCCAAAUAAUGUGAAAGUAUUUUUGGAAUUUGCACUUUUAUCCCAUAAAUGAGAAUACUAGCUUUGUGCAGUCUCAAGUAGGCAAGAGUUUUUACAGAUUCUUCCAGUUUUGGUAUUAUGUAUGCAAUGAUACACACUAACAUGAACUCAAGUUUUUCCAGACUUUUAUCCUUGGUGACUGGUGGAUUUUUUUUUAUUUAGUAUACUUAGGUUGAAGACUGCUUGGUGUUUACAGGACUUUGUGUAAUGUAUUGUAAAAUAAUGUUUUUUGAAUGUAAUAAAUGAUAUAAUUUACAAACUGGAGUAUUUUUUACAAUAAACUUUAUAGUGUGUUUCUGUAAAUUA